AUGGCUGUACAUCACAUGGGCACGUACAUGAUUCGUCUCGUAGCCUCCUCGAUGUUCGCCGCCGCCCUUGUAGCGGAGUCAGCAGUUGCUCAGACGACGCCCGCUUUCAAGAUGAGCGGCGCCGCGACGCGCGAAGAGAUCCUAGACCAUACACUCUCCGCUUACCGUGGGCGGAGCGCGCGUCGCGAGAAUCCUCAACUGCUCGGCAGCGUGACGUGCGGUUAUCAAGGAUGGUUCACGUGCCCGGGCGAUGGGUCGGAUCGCGGCUGGCAUCACUGGGGCAAGGGUGGGGAUUUUAUGCCGGGCGCCUGCACCAUUGACCUCUGGCCGGAC